UGUAAGAUCGCUGCCGUACGUUUCACGGUUGCUUCGUGUGGCUUCGUGCAGCGUGUAAAUGUCGUACCGACAUAUAGCACAUGGUAGUUUCGCGACGAAGGCCUCGGCGAAAAGAAAAGGAACGUGUGUCGAUCGAAAAAUUUGUGAAUGAUCUCGAGAACAUGUCGCUGACGGUCCGCUCCCACGAGACCGCACCGUGCAAGGAACGUCCUCCGACGAGGAAGUCGUAAUUCCCUCUCGGGUCGGGAGUAAAAAAAGAGUGACCGCGAAAAGUACCUCUGAGGAUUUCUGUCGAAAGAUACGGGUGGUGGUUUCGUCGGUAGUCACAUACGAGUUCCGCGAUAGACCUGGGGAUCCGUCCGCGGUAGUGACUCGCGCGAGUGUUUUGUGGGGUCCCUUUUACUAUGCGACAACUCGGCCGAAUCCCUCUCUCUCAUUCCCUCCCCGUCGGACGUGCCCCGUGAUACAUUAAUUGACAAUUGACGAGAGAAGAAGCUGCUCGUCUCACUCCUGGAACCCCCGAUCGACACGACAAUGGCUGCGACCUUCGAUCAGUAUGACAAAUCAAGCUGGUACUUUGGUGCUAUGUCACGGCAAGAUGCAUCUGACUUAUUAAUGGGCGAAAAAGAAGGUGGGGUAUUUUUAGUACGAGACAGCACUUCUAUACAUGGAGACUUUGUACUAUGCGUAAGGGAGGACAGUAAAGUCAGCCACUAUAUCAUCAAUAAAAUCCAACAAGGAGAUCAAAUUCGUUAUCGGAUUGGAGAUCAGAUGUUUCCGGAUAUUCCCAGUCUUCUCGCCUUUUAUAAGCUUCACUACUUAGAUACCACACCGUUAAUUAGGCCAGCGCCAAAGAAAAUGCAGAGGGUAAUUGCGAAAUAUGAUUUUGAAGGAAAUGAUUCUGAGGACUUACCCUUUAGGAAAGGUGAUAUACUCACUGUAAUAUCGAAAGAUGAAGAACAGUGGUGGACAGCUAGAAAUAGUGUGGGCCAAACUGGUUCGAUACCAGUGCCAUAUGUUCAGAAGUACGACGACGAUAGUCAUAUGAUAAUAGAAAAUAAUUCGCGGCCUGAAAGUGGCGGCAGUUCCGGCUCUAACUCAAAUUCAGGGCCUACAUCACAAGUAUCUCAUACAGAAACGACAGGGCAAGCAACUGUAACUCGAAGAUCAAAUAUACAGAGAACACUGCCAGCCUUUGCCAAAGUGAAACAGGCAAGGGUGCCAAAUGCAUACGACAAAACUGCGCUAAAAUUAGAAGUAGGUGAUAUGAUAAAAGUGACAAAGACUAAUAUUAAUGGCCAGUGGGAAGGUGAAUUGCAUGGCAAAGUCGGACACUUCCCAUUUACACAUGUGGAGUUUGUAGAUAAUGAGACUGGUGAAGACAAUCAGGAGAUUUAACAAAAAUUCUCCGAGUGUGAUGUACACCACAUGUGUGACAAAGGGAAGAAAGACACCUCCUAUAUUAUCAAAAUUUAGAGUUACUAAUAACAUUUAUUAUAUGUGCCAUUUCAAAAAUGCGGUUAGCUUGAACAACUGUACAAUUGCUGAAUAUAACAUACUAUAAGAAUAAA